AUUAGGAGCAGCACGUUGGUAGUUGGCUUAUGUUCUAAUGUGCUCAGGUAUAUAUAUGUGAUUCGUUAGCUUCCUGUGUCAGGCUCGCUCUAUUUCUGCACUUUAAUAUGAUUCCUGAGUGUUACUGAUGGUUUGCUGCAAUGAUUGAUGCAAAGAUGGGAGCGUGUUGGAGCUCUGUGCAGGAUCAGUUCGAAAACUUGGAAAAACACACCCAAUGGGGAAUCGAAUUUGUGGAGAAAUGCACCAAGUUUGUCAAGGACCGGACAGAUAUUGAAAUCAGCUAUGCAAAGCAGCUCAGGAAUCUUUCAAAGAAGUAUCAGCCGAAAAAGAAUUCCAAAGAAGAGGAAGAACAAAAAUUCACGUCAUGUCGAGCGUUUUCAGCCAUUUUGAAUGAGAUGAGUGACUACGCAGGUCAGCGUGAAGUAAUUGCUGAGAACCUGACGGGGUUAAUAAUCGCAGAGCUCUCGCGCUAUGUCCAGGAGCUCAAACAGGAGCGCAAAUCGCAUUUCCAUGAAGGACGAAGGGAGCAGCAGCUAAUAGACACCUGUUGGAAACAACUUGAUGCAAGCAAAAGGCGAUUUGAGAGAGAUUGUAAGGAGGCCGAGCGAGCUCAAAUGCAUUUUGAGAAAAUGGAUGCUGAUAUCAAUGUAACGAAGGCUGACGUGGAAAAGGCUCGGCAGCAAGCCCAGGGUCGGCACCAGAUGGCGUCUGAGAGUAAGGGCGAUUACGCCAGCAAGUUACAGCACUUCAACAAGGAGCAGCAGGAACAUUACUACACAAAAAUACCUGCUAUCUUCCAGAAAAUUCAAGAUAUGGAUGAGAGACGAAUUGUCAGAAUUGGUGAAUCAAUGAAGACCUUUUCAGAGGUUGAGCGCCAGGUCCUUCCCAUCAUUGGCAAAUGUCUCGAUGGGAUCACAGCAGCGGCUGAAUCGAUUGACCAGAAACAAGAUGCACAGUCGGUGAUUGAGACCUUCAAGUCUGGCUUUGAAUGCCCGGGAGAUUUUGAUUUUGAAGACUUCAGUCAGCCAAUGAAGCGCACGGUUUCUGAAACCAGCCUCUCCAACAGUAGGACAGACGGCAAACAAGACGCUAGGAGUGGAAAAUCCAAGGGCAAGCUCUGGCCUUUCAUCAAAAAAAACAAGCUUAUGUCCCUUUUGACAUCUCCUCAUCAGCCCCCUCCUCCGCCCCCUUCCUCUUCCUCACCUUCUGCUGUUCCCAACGGCCCUCAGUCUCCCAAGCAGCAAAAGGAGCCCCUCUCCCACCGCCUGAACGAGUUUAUGACUUCCAAACCCAAAAUCCACUGUUUCAGGAGCCUGAAGCGUGGGACUCAGUCUUUCUAUUUUCACAAAGAACUGAUGAAGAGGACAUUAGGGAAACCUACUUAUGCAUAUGAGGCGAGGGAGUUUGUUCUUUCUCUCAAACUGAAAACUUUGAAUACACAGGUCUGGAAUCUGAUUGAGGGCUCUGGACCAGAAGACUUCAGCAAUCUCCCACCAGAGCAGCGCAGGAAGAAACUGCAGCAAAAAAUUGAUGAGAUGAACAAGGAAAUCCAGAAAGAGUCCGAUCAGAGAGACGCUUUAACGAAAAUGAAAGACGUCUACAUAAAGAAUCCUCAGAUGGGGGAUCCGAGCAGUGUGGAUCCCAGACUGGCCGAAAUCGGGCAAAACAUUGAAAAACUACGACAGGAGAGUCAGAAAUUUGAGGCAUGGCUCGCUGAGGUAGAAGGCCGUUUACCCACCAGGCCUGAGCAACCGCGACGACAGAGUGAGAUGUACGAGACACAGAGCACUGCCGUCAACAACUGCGCACAAGACAGAGAGAGCCCUGAUGGGAGUUACACCGAAGAGCAGAACCAGGAGCCACCGGUCAAAGUCGCAGCUCAGAACGAGUUUGAUGAUGAGUUUGACGAUGAGGAACCUCUGCCAACAAUCGGAACAUGCAAAGCCGUCUACCCGUUUGAAGGUCACAAUGAAGGAACGAUUGCGAUGGAGGAGGGGGAGACGCUGAAUGUGAUAGAGGAGGACAAAGGAGACGGCUGGACGCGAGUGCGGAGGAGCGAGGAGGAGGAGGGCUACGUGCCGACAUCAUAUGUCGAAGUCUAUUUGGACAGAAAUGCCAAAGGUACCUAAGGUGGUGUGCUGGUCUGUCAGAAUGGGCGAGCUGGUUUACAAGGACACCCUCUUCUGCUUAUCAAUUUUUAAAACGGAGGACUUACUGGAUUAUUGGCUUGGUUUGGUUUUAAUGAUCAAAAACAAAAAAUGAACAAAUGGUGCAAAUGCUUGCUAUUCAUUUUAUGGCAUGCCACCUCUUGCUCUAACUAACUUGGCUACUUCUCCAUUUUUUUAAAAAAAGUCAUUUUCAAGAUGCAUGCCAAGGUCAAAUCCCCUCCUCAUUUUGAGACGAACAAAACCAAAAAAGAAAAUCUUUAAUUUCAAGAGCCACUUGUCAGAUUUCAGGUACUUCGUGACCAACGCAAUGGCUGCAACUGGUUGUAAGUAACCUUCAUCCAAACACCAGAGCACAUGGAGUUGACUUUGAGGACUGUUUUAAAGGGACUUGUCCAGGGUGAUGGUGGGGAGAGAGACAUUAUAAUUGCAAUUAAAAUCUCGUUGACCUUUCAAUCAUUUUGUUCUAAUACGUUUCUGGAAAAAAUCUGAGAAUCCUGAACCCCGAAUAUUGCCAAACUAAAAUGAAAGGAUAAAUUGGAACCACAAUUGGAGUUUGUCUCUGAAUAAAAUCAAAAUCGUGCAACUUG